UUUCGUUUGCAUUCCCAUUUUUCUUCACCGUCUUCUACCUUUUUUUGUUGUUUUCUUCUCAAUCAUCUCUGCAGAAAGAAAAACCCAGUUUUUUUGGGCACCUUUUUCGAUUCCAAAUCCCGAAAUCUCUGCAAUCCAUUUCUUAUUUUCACUUGAUUACUCCAAUUCCUCAUCUGGGUUUCGUCAGUUUUAUCUUUUUCUUUGUAAACUAUGAAGUUCUUUAUGUGAUUAAAUAAUUCUGGUGGAUGAUGAAUAAAAGCAUGUCUGUUUGUUAGAUCUUUCCUGUAAGAUAAGAGUUUCCUAGGAAUUCUCUGGUUUUUUUUUAUUUGCUUUAUUUCCUUUGUUCCAUCGACAUUUCUUUAUUGCGUCCCAAUUUUUUUUUUAUGAUUUAAUCUUCACCAAAACCUCACAAAUCCAGCUCAUCUAAUCAGGGAUGUCCUCAUAGUCCUAUUUAUCAAAUCACAUUCCAAAAUCCCCAUAUUUUUAUUUUCCCUUUUAUUUGAUGUUAUGGGUUGUGCUAGUUCCAAGCCAAAACGAUGCCGCCAUUGUCGCCGGGCUCCAUUUUCUCCCGUUCCAAGAAGCUAUUCAAUGCACGUCCAUCAUCCUGCUCAGCACAAAGGCGAUAGCUACCACGUCGUGGCGUUAACAUCCACGACAUUAGGCAGUCUCAAGCUAGAAGACAACCACCGCAACAACAACAAUGGCGGCACCAUCAACGUCGCGUCAUUCAGCGGCAACCUCGAAAACGGCUCCAAAAUCAAUGGGGAUUUGAAGCAGGUUGAAGAAGGGCAAAAAGUGUUGGCAAUGGAAGUGAUCGAAGCAAAGCUAUGGUCCAAAAUGAUCGAAGAUAAGAUCCCAAAAGUUGUCCCCAAGACGCCUAUCCGGACCCCUCCAGGCGAGCCUGAAACAAUCAACACAUGGGAAAUGAUGGCAGGGCUUGAAGAUAUUAGUCCCCUCCGGUUUCCAGGUCAUUUCAGGAGCUUCUCUUUUGAUGUUCCAAAACCUGGGUGGCUUCAAAUUGAAGACAAAUCGGAUUUGGGGGUUACAGAUUUCGAUCCUGAAAUCAUUUCUGGUUUCAGGGAAUCGCUUCAACAGCUUCCCCGAGAGGAUGAAAAAGAGCGAGAUUCCGGGAAGAAAGUGAACGGCGUUAAAGGGGAUAAGGUUGUUCUUUAUUUUACAAGCUUAAGAGGUGUCCGAAGGACAUACGAGGAUUGUUGUGAUGUCAGAGUGAUCCUCAAAAGCUUAGGGGUUCGUAUCGAUGAACGAGACGUUUCAAUGCAUUCGGGGUUCAAAGGGGAGCUGAAAGAGCUGAUCGGAGAAGGAUUCAAUGGCGGAUUACCAAGAGUAUUUGUGGGGGGAAAGUACAUCGGCGGAGCUGAGGAGAUAAGGCGAAUGCAUGAAGACGGUGAGCUAGAUAAGGCGGUUCAAGGCUGUGAAAUGGCGGACAAUGAUGGCGGCGGCAACGGUGGAGCAUGUGAAGCUUGUGGCGAUAUCAGAUUCGUGCCGUGUGAGACUUGUUCAGGGAGUUGUAAAGUGUAUUACGAAGAUGAUGAAAUGGAAGAAAAUGAACAAGAAGGAGAUGAAAUGGGCGAAUGUGGAUUUCAAAGAUGUCCAGAUUGUAAUGAAAAUGGACUCAUUCGAUGUCCAAUUUGCUACUAUUGAAAUCAGUUCGUUAAAAUUUUCCCA